UAUGUGCCCUGUCUUCCUAAAUAGUGUGUUUCUUAGUUCAAGGCUCACAUCAGGAGCUGACAAAAUAAAGAGAACAAGGAUGGGGUAAGAAGAGGAGUUUUGCAACUCUCAUGAGCACACUGGGGCUGUUUCCUGAAAGAUCUGGGAAGACUAGAAGUAUGCAGCAGAGCUUGAAAAUCACCAUAAAACGGGCAGGAAAGAGCAGCGACUGUCAAGACAUUCCAGGCUGGACUCCGGUACCCGUUUCCAGGGAGGUCUGUCAUCAGCUUCCUAAUCUCAAGGUACAGGAAUCUAUUUGAAAAGGUACUCCACUCUCUGGAGAAGUAAUUUAUUUCCUCAGGACACUCACACCACUACAGCCUAUGAAGAAUAUCUUCUGUUUGACAGCCUCAGAAGAGGCAGACUCAAGGGAUACUGGGCACAGUGAAGGAACUAAUCACUCAACAGACUCCUAAGACAGAGAGGCAUUUGCAUCCCUUGGAAUAAUUAGAUCAACUCUGUCACUGAGAGACCAUUUGCUUGUAUGAAUCAACAUGGAAAGGAAUCUUAAGAACGUUUUGGUCAUCUCUUUCGGAUUUUUACUUCUCUUCACUGCUUAUGGAGGGCUCCAGAGUUUACAGAGCAGUCUCCACUCAGAAGAAGGCCUGGGUGUUGCUUCCCUAAGUGUUAUCUAUGCUGCUCUUAUCUUCUCAUCCAUGUUCCUCCCUCCAAUCCUCAUCAAGAAGCUGGGCUGCAAGUGGACCAUCUCAGGCUCUAUGUGCUGCUACAUCGCAUUCUCCUUAGGCAACUUCUAUGCUAGCUGGUACACACUAAUCCCUACCUCAGUGAUCCUGGGCUUAGGAGGAGCACCGCUCUGGUCUGCCAAAUGUACUUACCUCACCGUUGCAGGCAAUUCAUAUGCUGAGAAAGCAGGAAAAAUUGGAAAAGACAUUAUCAACCAAUAUUUUGGGGUCUUCUUUCUGAUAUUUCAGUCCUCUGGAGUCUGGGGAAAUCUUAUCUCAUCCCUGAUACUUGGCCAAUCUUCCAACAAAGUGGAAAUCUCGGAGGAAGAUCUGCCAUGCUGUGGAGCAUAUGACUGCAUGACGAGUGAUGCCACUAACACCACUGGGUCAGCAGGACCCUCGAAGUCCUUAAUCUACACUCUACUAGGGAUCUACACUGCUAGUGGUGUGCUAGCUGUGUUGCUGAUUGUUAUAUUUCUGGACCAGAACAAAUCUGACCAAGCAGAGACUGAGAGAGAAAUAACAAAGACACCAUCCUUUUGGUCUACGUUCCUAGCAACUUUCCAGCAACUUAAAGAUAAAAGACAGUGUCUUCUAAUCCCUCUGACAAUGUACAGUGGGUUUGAACAGGGAUUUCUUGCUGGUGACUACACAAAGACCUAUGUGACCUGUGCCCUGGGGAUACAUUAUGUUGGCUUUGUGAUGAUCUGCUUUGCAGCUACAGAUUCCCUCUGCUCUCUGCUCUUUGGAAAGAUCUCUCAGUUCACAGGAAGGAAACUUCUAUUUGCAGUAGCUACAGUUACAAACAUUGCCAGUAUAAUAGCACUACUGCUGUGGAAACCUCAUCCUAACCAGCUUGUUGUGUUUUUUGUAUUCCCUGCUCUUUGGGGCAUAUCUGAUGCCAUUUGGCAGACACAAACUAAUGGACUCUAUGGUGUUUUAUUCGAGAAACACAGGGAGGCUGCCUUUGCAAAUUACCGCCUCUGGGAAUCAGUUGGAUUUGUCAUUGCUUUUGGUUAUAGCACCUUCUUGCAAGUCUACAUCAAACUGUACAUCUUGUUGGCUGUGCUUGUGGUGUCUGUGGUGACGUACGGAGUAGUGGAAUACAUAGAAGCCAAGAGCUCUUCUGGGACACCUACUACACCUACUGCAGAAAAGGAAAAAGUAGGAUCUCUCACCCAGGAAACACACAUGUAAUCCAACAGGGUCAGAAUCAUGGACGCACAGCAAGCUGGCCAGCUCCUAUGGACAGUUUCUCCAAUGGUGUUCUAAAGCGUACUGUCUAUUUGCAGAAAGAGGGUAAAGGAACAGAUUUCAAGCUCUGAGUAAUAUAAAUAUCUUAGGAGUAAAAACUUAUUUUGACAUCUCAGCUUUAUAUAUGAUUUCAUCCUUUCAUACAGAUGACCAACUAAAUUUUGUCUCUUUUUUAACUAAUAAAAUCUUUAAAAAUGUAAAAAAAGACUUUUAAAAUCCUCAUAUUUUUAUAUUUGUGGAUCAGACAUGGCACAGUAGGCUUAGAACCAAAUAUGAAAAGCACACAAGCAACAUCAGAAAAAGAGAGCAACUG